GUCCAAAUCCUUUUUCAUACAACCUUCUUUUUGUUUGUACAAUAGAGUACAAAUAACUAAUUGUGGGAUCAGGAGUUUUGCUGUUUUGUGUGUCUUUGGUAUUUCUACAGUCUUCACAAAUAACAAAUGAGCUGCCUGAAUUCUGCUCAAAACCCUGUUGGGCUGAUUUAUCCCUGACAGACUCAGAAAUAUUCCACAGAGACCAGGGGUCUCAUUCAUCAGUCAUGUGCAUGAGUAGUUUUGUGUGUAAAUGAGGCAUGCUCAUGAUUCUAUACAGGUUUCUACACUCAUUUCUAUACAGGUUUCUACAUGCGUUUCUAUACAGGUUUCUACACGCGGUUCUACACGCGAUUCUAUACAGGUUUCUACACGCGUCUCUAUACAGGUUACUACACGCGUUUCUACAUGUGAUUCUAUACAGGUUUCUACACGUGUCUCUAUACAGGUUUCUACACGCGAUUCUAUACAGGUUUCUACACGCGUUUCUAUAUAGGUUUCUACACGUGUUUCUAUACGGGUUUCUACACGCGAUUCUAUACAGGUUUCUACACUUGUUUCUAUACAGGUUUCUACACUCGUUUCUAUACAGGUUUCUACACUUGUUUCUAUACAGGUUUCUACACGCGUCUCUAUACAGGUUACUACACGCGUUUCUACAUGUGAUUCUAUACAGGUUUCUACACGUGUCUCUAUACAGGUUUCUACACGCGAUUCUAUACAGGUUUCUACACGCGUUUCUAUAUAGGUUUCUACACGUGUUUCUAUACGGGUUUCUACACGCGAUUCUAUACAGGUUUCUACACUUGUUUCUAUACAGGUUUCUACACUCGUUUCUAUACAGGUUUCUACACUUGUUUCUAUACAGGUUUCUACACGCGAUUCUAUACAGGUUUCUACACGCGAUUCUACACGCAUUUCUAUACAGGUUUCUACACGCGUUUCUAUACAGGUUUCUACACACGUUUCUAUACAGGUUUCUACACGCGUUUCUACACACGUUUCUAUACAGGUUUCUACACGCAUUUCUACACAGGUUUCUACACGCGUUUCUAUAUGUGAUUCUAUACAGGUUUCUACACACGAUUCUAUACAGGUUUCUACACGUGAUUCUAUACAGGUUUCUACACGCGAUUCUAUACAGGUUACGACACGCGUUUCUAUACAGGUUACGACACGCGUUUGUACACUCGUUUCUAUACAGGUUUCUACACUCGUUUCUACAUGCGUUUCUAUACAGGUUUCUACACGCGAUUCUAUACAGGUUUCUACACGCGAUUCUAUACAGGUUACUACACGCGAUUCUACACGCAUUUCUAUACAGGUUUCUACACGCGAUACUAUACAGGUUACUACACGCGAUUCUACACGCAUUUCUAUACAGGUUUUUACACGCGUUUCUAUAUAGGUUACUACACGCGUUUCUACAUGUGUUUCUACACGUGAUUCUAUACAGGUUUCUACACGCGUUUCUAUACAGGUUUCUACACGCGUUUCUAUACAGGUUUCUACACGCGAUUCUAUACAGGUUACUACACGCGUUUCUAUACAGGUUACUACACGCGUUUCUAUACAGGCUUCUACAUGCGUUUCUAUACAGGUUUCUACACGCGUUUCUAUACAGGUUUCUACACGCGAUUCUAUACGGGUUUCUACACGCGAUUCUAUACAGGUUUCUACACACGAUUCUAUACAGGUUACUACACGCGUUUCUACACUCGUUUCUAUACAGGUUUCUACACUCGUUUCUAUACAGGUUUCUACACGCGAUUCUAUACAGGUUACUACACGCGUUUCUACACUCGUUUCUAUACAGGUUUCUACACUCGUUUCUAUACAGGUUUCUACACGCGGUUCUACACGCGUUUCUAUACAGGUUUCUACACGCGUUUCUACACGUGAUUCUAUAUAGGUUUCUACACGCGAUUCUAUACAGGAUUCUACAUGCAUUUCUAUACAGGUUUCUACACGCGAUUCUAUACAGGUUACUACACGCGAUUCUACACGCAUUUCUAUACAGGUUUUUACACGCGUUUCUAUAUAGGUUACUACACGCGUUUCUACAUGUGUUUCUACACGCGAUUCUAUACAGGUUACUACACGCGAUUCUACACGCAUUUCUAUACAGGUUUCUACACGCGUUUCUAUAUAGGUUACUACACGCGUUUCUAUACAGGUUUCUACACGCGUUUCUAUACAGGUUUCUACACGCGUUUCUAUACAGGUUUCUACACGCGUUUCUACACAGGUUUCUACACAGGUUUCUACACGCGUUUCUAUAUGUGAUUCUAUACAGGUUUCUACACGCGUUUCUAUACAGGUUUCUACACGCGUUUCUAUACAGGUUUCUACACGCGUUUCUACACAGGUUUCUACACAGGUUUCUACACGCGUUUCUAUAUGUGAUUCUAUACAGGUUUCUACACGCGUUUCUAUACAGGUUACUACAAGCGUUUCUACAUGUGAUUCUAUACAGGUUUCUACACGCGAUUCUAUACAGGUUUCUACACGCGUUUCUAUACAGGUUUCUAUACGCGUCUCUAUACAGGUUUCUACACGCGUUUCUAUAUAGGUUACUACACGCAUUUCUACAUGCGAUUCUAUACAGGUUUCUACACGCGGUUCUAUACAGGUUUAUACACGCGAUUCUAUACAGGUUUCUAUACGUGUUUCUACACGCGUUUCUAUAUAGGUUACUACACGCGUUUCUACAUGUGUUUCUACACGUGAUUCUAUACAGGUUUCUACACGCGUUUCUAUACAGGUUUCUACACGCGAUUCUAUACAGGUUUCUACACGCGUUUCUAUACAGGUUUCUACACGCGUUUCUAUACAGGUUUCUACGCGUGUUUCUACACAGGUUUCUACACGCGUUUCUAUACAGGUUUCUACACGCGUCUCUACAGGUUUCUACAUGAGAUUCUACACGCGUCUCUAUACAGGUUUCUACACGCGUCUCUACAGGUUUCUACACGCGAUUCUACAGGUUUCUACACGCGAUUCUACACGCGUCUCUAUAUAGGUUUCUACACGCGAUUCUAUACGUGUUUCUAUGCACAGAAUGGGAUCUAUGAAGUUAUUCUUGUGUGUGAGGAUGAGAGUAUAUUUAGAACUACUGGCCAUGAAUAUGCAGAAAGUGGUUAGACUUUCUAGUGGUUGGAAAGUGUAAUUGCGUGUAAACUGAGGAGCUCCCAUCUCACUUAUUGUCGGUUAUGUCAGCAGAAAAGCACCCGAGCAUGCACAAAGCAUCGAAUUUUGAGGUGGAUGGACUACAAUACUCCUGUCAGCCAAGAACAGGUAUCUGAGGUUAUUAUGGGCACAGACUCACCCGAAGUGUGUGUUCUCCAGUCUUCAACUGUCCACUUCGGGUGAGUCUGUGCCCACAAUAGCCUCAGAUUCUUGUUCUUGGUUGACAGGAGUGGAAACUGAUGUGGUCGUCUGCUGUUGUAGCCCAUCCAACUCAAGGUUUGAUGUGUUGAGCAUUCUGUGAUGCUUUUCUGCUCACCACGUUUAUAAAGAUUGUUUGAGUUACUAUAGACUUCCUGUCAGCUCAGACCAGUCUACUCAUUCUCCUCUAAUCUCUCUCAUCAAUAAGGUGUUUCAGCCUGCAGACUCUGCACAGAGGAUGUGUUUUGUUUUCCCCACCAUUCUAUGUAAACUCUAGAGACUUGUGUGUGUGUGUGUGUGUGUGUGUGUGUGUGUGUGUGUGUGUGUGUGUGUGUGUGAGAGAGAAAUUCCCAGGUCAUCAGCAGUUAUAGAAAUACUCAAACCAGCCCAUCUGAAAUCAACAACCAUGUCGGUUAAAGUCACUGAGAUCACAUUUUCUCCCAAUUCUGAUGAUUGAUGUGAAUUAAAACUUGAUUUUAACUAAAGUAUCUGCACGAUUUUAUGCAUUGCACUGCUGCUGCAUGAUUGGCUGAUUGGAUGAUUGCAUAAAUGUACAGGUGUUCGUGUUAAAGUGACCAGUGAGUGUAUGCCAGCAGAAAAGACAACAAAGUGAAGAAUUUUUCUGCCAUUGCAAGUUUUCCAGAUAAAAUUGCACACACACACACAUCCAUAGUCACCCUUAUAAAGGGACAAUUUUUAUCAUAUAUGCCACUUUGGUGGAGUUUCUUGAUGUAAAUGAGUAUGGCUAUGCACAAGCAGAGCACUUUAGAAUGUGGGGGAUUUAUCAACGUCCAUAGCGUACAACUGUGCAUACACACAAGUGAUAUGGCAAUUUUCUAGCACAUACUGGUGGUCCUUAUGCCCAGAAUUAGAAAAUGUUCCAUGCACGCUUUGAUAAAUGAGACCCAUGGAGUCAUUUGUGAAAUGGAGAGCCUUCUGUACGGCGGACUGCAGCAGUUCACCCUACUUGGCUGAAAGCUGCUACUCUUGCGCAGAUGGUUAUUAUCUGAGCUCCAGUAUUCUGUGAACGAUAUAUACCCUUUUUUUUAAAGCUGGGGGUAGGGUGGUAGCAGAUGGAUGGUCUAUAGACUAUGCACUGUUUGUUUUGCAGUGAUUCAAGUGAAUGAAGAGAAUGGGAGCUGAAAAUAUAUCUUCAUAUAUGUUUUACUGCUUCUCGCACUACACGUAGAACUGCACAGACCCCAGUAGGGCUGAAUAAGUGUGGUUUUAAAUGUCAUUAGAUUUAUGUGAAGCGUGACACAGAUAACUAAUGAUGAAAUCAUCCCAGUAGAGCACCAUAAAUUGAAGGAUUCCCAGGAGCUGGAGCUGUAAAUGCCGUGCCUCCUGUCAGGAUCCUUGACAUGCUCAGUAUCACUAACUAGAUCACCAAAUGAGUACAGCAUUUAGAGGUUGCAGAAUUUUUUUUUUUCUGUGUUUUUGAAGCUGGCAGUAUUGAUGGCUAGUGUUCAUACCUGUAAAUAAUUAUAAUCAUGUUGGUACAUGAUGUGCUUUUUUUUUUUUUUUUUUUUCCCUCCUGUGCCUU